GUAUUCAAUGGCAACCAACCGGUACUAAGCAUAGCCAAACCAGAGCUGAUCCAACAGGUUCUGGUCAAAGACUUUCAUCUGUUUACAGACCACUGGAAGAGACGGAGGACUAUAGUCAGCCCGACAUUCACUUCUGGAAAAAUGCGUAAAAUGUAUCCAAUGGUGAGGGAGUGUGUGGACGAGUAUAUGGAUGUGUUGGCAAAGUAUGCAAAAGACAGGAAAGAUAUUAGCGUUAAGGAUAUACACCUGAAGCUGACGCUGGAUGUGAUCGCCUGUGCCUUCGCUACGAAAACUAAUUCAUUCAAAGAUACAAACAAUCCAUUUAUUAAGCAAAUGGAGGCUAUGAUUGACAUGGGAUUCCUUAAGCCAUUAAUAAUGCAAACGGUUCCCAAAAUUAUUAGACGACUGAUAGGCCUUAAUAUGAUAACCAGAGACGGAUCCAAUGAAUUCUUCCUGAAUACCACUCAACAGAUUGUGAGGGAUGACCACCAGAUCAGGCAAGAGGAGAGUGAUCUCAAUGAAGCACAUCAUGACCGACUCUACGAUGAAUUGAUGGCUGCGCUCGACUCGGACGGACACAUCGAUUACGACGAUCUCAUAAAACUCCCCCUUUUGGACGCAUUUAUAUCGGAAACCCUUCGCAUGUAUCCAAUUAUCCUCCGACUCGACCGCAGAGUAAAGUCUGACUACAAGUUAGGCGACACAGGGAUCACGUUAUAUAAGGGACAGGAGAUUGAAAUACCCAUCUAUUCUAUACAUCAUUCGCCAGAAUUUUAUCCCAAUCCAGAAAAGUUUGAUCCUGAUAGGUUUAUGCCAGAAAACAGACAUAAACUGGUGCCCUACACAUACCUGCCCUUUGGCACCGGCCCACGCAAUUGCAUUGGUAUGCGAUUUGCGUUAAUGGAAAUAAAGAUAAGUUUGGCACAAGUGGUUAGGAAAUAUCGAUUCGUUCCCACAAAACAAACAGCCGUUCCCUUAGAGUUCCUCAAAGUGGCACAUAUAAUGGCAUUCAAAUGCAACGUCAAUGGGGUUGGAAGUGGGCCAGAUUGCCGUCAAAAACAUCUGGAUAUUCUGUUUAUAAAAUGUAUUCAAUCGGAAUGGAGUUUCCGUCGUCUGACCGUUGAAUCCAUUGUGACUAUCGUUGAGAUGGCAAACAAGAGACCCAAACGACGGCUUCUGUUUGUUUGCGGAAAAUAUCUGCGAAAAGAGUUCAAAAAUCUGAAACUAAAAUCACCCAAAAAUUUGAAUCUCCAGUACUUCUAUUAA